GAGAGAGAGAGCAGGUUUGAGUCACUCGAAGAGGAAUCUCGCGCGACUCGGCACACCCGCCCGUCUCGAUGAGAUUCGAACAAGACACAGCGUGCAGGGGUACCCACUGCGCCAGCACUCCGCAACCCUCCGCGCUGCAGCAGCGAUCACGGCCCGAGGAGGUGGUGGUGGAGGAGGAGGAGGACUCCUCCGCAAAGGACGUCGACGGGCAACGACGACACAGACUUGGCAGAGAAUUGGAGGCUAACGUGGUCGAGGGUGCGAACACGGGGCCGCGGGCCGAGGCGGGGGGGCCUGGGAUGGCGUACCCCGCGUCAGCGACGGCUCUGAAUCAGCACUCGCCCUUCGCAAGCUCGAUCGGCGGCGGCACGCCGCCCGCCAGCAACCCGAACGGCCACAUCACCGGACCCUUGCCGGCCCCGGCGGCGCCGCGGCCGACGGACUUUAGCGUCUCCUCGCUGCUGACCGCGGCGAGCACUCACCCGCCCGGCAUCCUCGGCGGCUCGUCGUCGCAGGGUAGCGCCUCCCCGCCGCCCGGCGGACCCGGCAGCCCGGCCGCCGCGCCGGAGACGCCGCCGCCCCUGCCCGUGAGCGGCCAGCAGCGCGACUUGUCGCAUCCGUCCUCAGCGGUGGCGGCCGCGAGUUACUUCAGCGCCGCCGCCCUGGCGGCGGCGGGCUUCUACAAUCCGGCGCAUCUGCCGCCCACCAGCUCGCCGGGGCCGACGGCGGUGCAUCAUCUUCAGACCAAGGGGAUACUCGCCGGCCACCAUCAUCCGCACCUCAACCCGCACGGUAUCACGCCGCCAGGCCUAGGUCUGGGCCCGCACACGCCGGAGGAGGUCUUGGCGGCGGCCGCGGCGGCGUUACAUCACCAUCACCAGGGCCCCGGCGGCCCCACGAUGAGGCCCCUGAGGCCGCCGCUACCGCCGGGGAUGCUUCACACGUCGCCGCAUCCUCUGGCCGCGCAUCACCCCCUCACGGCGCCGCAUCAUCCCCUCGUGCCGCCCCAUCAUCCGGAGGAGGACGGCGUCGUCGAUGACCCCAAGGUUACGCUGGAGGGCAAGGAGCUCUGGGAAAAGUUCCACAAGCUCGGGACGGAAAUGGUCAUCACGAAGAGUGGCCGGCAGAUGUUUCCUCAGAUGAAGUUCCGAGUUUCCGGUCUGGACGCCAAGGCCAAGUACAUCCUCCUACUGGACAUUGUCGCCGCCGAUGACUACAGAUACAAGUUCCACAACAGUAGGUGGAUGGUAGCGGGUAAGGCGGACCCGGAAAUGCCCAAGAGGAUGUACAUACAUCCGGACUCGCCCAGCAGCGGCGAACAGUGGAUGCAGAAGGUCGUGAGCUUCCACAAACUCAAGCUCACCAACAACAUCAGCGACAAGCACGGCUUUGUAAGUACUACGAUACUGAACUCGAUGCACAAGUAUCAGCCGAGGUUUCACCUCGUGCGAGCCAAUGACAUUCUGAAACUCCCGUAUUCGACGUUCAGGAGUUACGUUUUCAAGGAGACGGAAUUCAUCGCCGUGACGGCCUAUCAAAACGAGAAGAUCACCCAACUGAAGAUCGAUAACAACCCGUUCGCGAAAGGAUUUCGGGAUACUGGCGCGGGGAAGCGCGAGAAAAAAAGGCAGGCGCUGCUGACAGUAUCGGGCGGCGGUUCCCGUUUGACAGCGGGUGGACCGGCGUCGCCGGACAAGCGGCGCUCGUCGAACUCCGCCACCGACCUCAUGGACGACGAGGACAAGCUGCUGGACGUGGUCGGACCUGACACGCCGCACCCGGCCCACCACCACCGGGAACGGGAGCACUCGCGAGAGAGGGACGACCGGACGAGCGAGCGGGGCGAGGGCAGCGAAUCGUCCGGGUCCGAGAGCGGUGGCGGGCCGGGGCCGACGGGGUCCGAGGGCCCACGGCCGGACGUCUCUGUCGGCCCGCCGCUGCACCCGCCCCUCUUGCCGUAUCUGUACCCACCGGUGCCCGGACUUUAUCCCGGUCCCGGUCACCUGAUACCACCCACUCCCCUCGGACUCCACGGCGGGGUCACGCCCGGUAUGCUGUUUAACGCCCAGCUGGCCUUGGCGGCCCAGCAUCCGGCGCUCUUCGCGCACUAUCCCCAUCCCCUGGCCAGUCCCCUGCACCAGCUCAAGGGGCACAGAUUCGCGCCCUACACACUCCCGGCGCCCUCGCACGGCUCAGCCUUCGAGACCGUCACCCCCGGUAGUAGGACCCUAAGUCCGAGGUCACCGCCGCCGAGGCCGCCAACCGACUCGCCGACGCCCACCGGCGGCGGUGCUCUCACCUCGACGACACCCAGCUCCGCCGGUGAGCUCAAGUCCAUCGAGAACAUGGUGAACGGGCUGCAGGAGAAGAGAAGGAGAAGUCCGAGUCUGACGCCCGGGCAUCGGGGCGACGACGCCGGCGGGGGGAGUCCGUGACAGGAGAACGAGCCUGUGAGCAGCACGAAGGACGACGACCCUGACGAGGACGAGGACUGCGCCGACGAGUCCGGCGGCGACCCGGAGGACCUCUCCGCCGACGAGAGGGAGCCGGACUCCACGUCGGAGCCGUCGUAGCGGCGGGAACGUUGUUGGCUGGUCGGCAUUCGGUUCUCCCUGUCUUCUCAUCCUAUUUGGGGGUCCUGGCCGCACCGGACGGGAGCGAGGAAGGCCGGACUCUCAUACUACAAAGUGCAAUUUUAUUUCCGGAGCGGCGCCGCGCCCGAGAAGAGUCCUUCUCGGGAGCGGGAGCGGCGCCCUUCGUGCUUUCGGGACGGAACCUGGAGUCCCCCGCGUGUUUCCUGUAUCUGUAAAUAGACUACGCGGUUCGCGCGAGAGCACGAUAGGAGUGUGCGUCUCUGUUGGAAGGACCGCGAGGCGGGGGGUGCGUUGGACUCUCGACGGACGCUGCACCGAUCGCGCGUUGCUGUAAAUUAGAUGAGACGCGAGAGUGAAUGAGAUAAGAGGAAAAUAUGAGUGCGAGAGAGGGAGAGAGAGAGAGAGAGAGAAAGAAGAAAAAGGGAAAAAGUCUACGAGCGCGUACCUGUGUCACGUGUGAGUCUACGUUCUACCUGUGUACGUUAGGUCUUAAGGGAAGAAAACAGAGAACGAUAUUGCAAUAUAAGAGCACCUCCUACUAUUUGCAACCCCUGUACAUAUGUACCCUAGUGAUAUUAUAUAUAUAUUAUAUAUAAAUAUUAUAUUAUAAAUAUAAAUAACAUCUA